CAGAGAAGUGCGUACAGUAAAAAAUAAAUAAAGGGAAACUAAUGGAGUCCUCACGCAAGUUCUUUCCGGCUGUCGUCAUCCUACUGCUGCUCGUUGUCAUGGCCACUGAGGUGGCGCCAGCGCUGGCAAGGAACUGCGAGGCGAAGAGCACAAAGUUCCAAGGGACAUGCCUGACGGACAAUGAAAACUGCGCCAGCAUGUGCCGGACUGAGGGUUUCGCCAGCGGUGACUGCAGCCCCUUCCGGCGCCGCUGCAUCUGCACGAAGCCAUGCUAGGCGGUCGGAUUAUGUGAAAGGCAGCCUUCAGUGCUGCUGGUCCACGGAUGGUACCUGGAAUAAAACUCCAGCUUGAAGACAGGAGCUUUAAUUAUAUCAGUUAUAAACAUGCACGUAGUAUUUGCUUCCAGUAAUAUAACGCAGUAAGUGCUAUGAGAUGGACCAUGCAUGCCAUGA